AUGUCUACUGACCAAGAUAUAAUACUUAAUCCAAAUUCGGGCCACCUUCCAGAAUGCCAAUCUAUCAAUGAAUCUAAUGCAAACAGACAAGAUACAAAACAAAAGACUAAAAGCAAAAAAGUGCGGAAAGAACAGUCAGAUGAUGAUUAUAUUUUACAAAAGCUGCAAUUCUAUAGCACCGGGCCUACACUAAAUACUGAUGACUGGCUCUACGACCCAGAAGGAUUAGACCAGUUAGAUAACUCUAAAAAGACAGAUAGAGUGAAAAUGUUGCAUGCAUGUGAAAAAUCUUACUAUCAGAAGGAUUAUAAUAAAUGUCUUGAAAUGAUAAGGAAAGCAGAGAGUUUAUUUGGCGUGCAACUAGAUAAUGAAGAAGAUAAUGAAGAUAUCAAAAGCGAUUUUGAAUCCUCGGGUAAGAAAACAAGAAAGAGUGCCAAGGUCGAUAGACACAUCGUGGAACUAUUACACAUUAAAGAGCGUUGCCUUGAAAAAUUAAAUAUCUGA